AAUGAAAUACCAGCAGUAAUGGCUCCAGUUAGUGGUGUAGGAACAGAUCCCCACAUAGAGCUGUCCCAAGCCGCGCAAUGUGGCGACUAUUCCACCCUCGAUACCAUCCUCUCUUUUGGCAAAGUUGAGAUCAGGAGACCUGGACCUAAUGGUCUCAGUCUCAUGUUGUUAAUCGUCCACGGAGCUGGACGUGACUUGAAACCUGCGCAGCACCUUCAGUGUGCAAAGAGGCUUAUCAAAGCUGGUGCUCCUUUGGAUGAAGUCGAUAGAACUGGCCGGUGUGCAUUACAUUGGGCGGUAGAGUACGAUAAACCAGAGCUGCUGGAGGUGAUGUUGAGGUCAGGAGCCAGCAAAACUAUCCUAGAUGAAGAGAUGAAGGAACCCUUGGACAUAGCUGUGGAGCUCAGCAACAUCAAGUGCAUCAGUAUUAUUCUGCGUAGUUGUUCUAAAGAGGAGUUGGAUUCCCCCAACGAAGAAGGUUUCACAUGGCUGAUGCGUGCUGCUGCUAGUGGAAACAUGGAGGUGUGUCGUGAGCUGUACAACGCUGGUGCCAGCCCCAACAUCAUUGAACCUAAAACCGGACGAACAGCUCUCCACUUCUGCGCUGAAUUCGACCAGGCUCAGUCUCUGAUAACACUACUGGGAUGUGAAGGAGACCCCAAGAUCCGAGAUAAGGACGGUCGGACUGUAGCUCACGUAGCUGCUGAAAGUGAAGCUAUAGGCUGUCUUCAUGUACUUAUCGAGGCUUGCACUUUACUCAUUAUGGAGGUAGCAGAUGAUUCAGGAAAGACGCCUCUCAUGCUGGCGUGUAGACACGAGCAUGAACAAACUGUCAAGGCUCUCAUCUCUAAAAAUAUUAAUCCUAUGGCAAAAGAUUACAACGGACAAACAGCGUUGCAUUGGUGUGCUAAGAACACAAACGGUAAAUGCGCGAAGAUUCUCUGCAAAUAUCGAAUAGACCUGACGAAAGCGAAAGAUAACGACUCUCACACACCGCUUCAUCUUGCGUGUAUAGCUGGAAGCGAGGAGGUGGUCAACAAGCUCCUCGAGUUCGGAGCUGAUACCACAACUAUGGACGACGAGUUCCACACUCCACUACAUCUCGCUACUGUAUCGGGAAACGCAGGGUGCAUAGUUCUGCUAGCACAAUCGGGAGCAGAUGUUAACGUGACAGACGCCAACGGCGCCUACCCCUUACACUACGCCGCCAACAUGUCACGUGAUAUCGAGAAGCUCCCAGAGGAUGCACCAGUGCCUACCCCAUCAGGCGACAAAGCAACCUCCGACCUUCUCUUCAUUGAUCCAUCUCUAAGGAACAGGCCACGCGAAGACGCACAGAAAGCCUUGGAAUCAUUAUUAGCACUGUUAGAAAAUGGCGCGAGCGUGGUGGUCAGGGACAGCAGUGGCGCUCAGCCGCUGUUCAACGCAGCCCGUGAAGGAAACGAGGCGGCUUGCAGACUUCUCCUCGAUUUUGAGGCAGAUGUGGCUGCUAAGGAUAAUCAUGGGCGUACAGCACUGCACGUUGCUGCACAAGAAGGUCACGGUGAUGUGUUGACCACCCUGCUGGAGGUGCAGAACAUGGCUUGUCUUGAUGCUGUUGAUGACAGGGGCAGAACCCCUCUCAUGUAUGCUGCCGCUUCAGGAAAAACGAAGUGUGUUGAGUUAUUGCUAGAGGCUAGUGCUAACCCAAACCACAAGGAUGAUAAGCAAAUUAGUGUUGCGCACUGUCUAGCGUCGGUGGGAGAUGUGGAAGGAAUGAAGUUGUUGAAAGCUAAAUCAGGAAAUCUAAGCACAGCCAGUAAAUCAGGCACAUAUCCUCUACACGAAGCUGCUUUGGCCGGCAAACCCGAUGUGAUGUCGUAUCUGGUGAAGCAAGGUGUAGUGAUGGGCGUCAGAGACAGCAGUGGCAUCACACCUCUGCACUGUUCUAUCGCUAACGAUAACCCUGAAUGUUGUAAGAUUUUGGUAGAGAAUGGUGAUAAUAUUAACCCCGUCAUGAGGACCAAAGAUAUGAGGUACCUGACGCCAUUGGAUUACGCGCUCAUAAACGUGCGCCCCAACUGUGCAGAGUACCUGGCAAAAAACAAUGCUUUACCUGGUAUCAUCUACACGGGUGUCAUGGUGAAUAGAAUCAGGUUGGCGUGGCGCAGGUUCCGCAGGCGCAAAUACGGCAGGUCCCGCCCAGAAACACCCCAUACGGGCAACACACCAGGUAAAACAACCCCCACCAAACUAAGUCGUGCCACCACUCCACAACGCUCCAUAUCACAAACGAGCCAGCACGUGCUAGAGAGCACUACGCCCCUAAAACCGGGCGACACGGCAACAGGUAAACCGCUAGCUAACGGCAACCUACCCCAGCUCGGGGCUGCGGAUACUGAAAAAGUCAAAGAAAGUGCGAGCACUCGUGGAGCAUUGCCUGGUUUAGCGUCACAACAAGCGGUCCCCGUUACUUCUGGUAAACAGCGGGUAAGCCCUGCUGAGCGUCGAGCAAGCCCUGUAGACCGCAGAGGAAGCCCUGGUCAGCGCCGAGCAAGCCCUUUAGACAAUCGAGCUAGCCCAGUUGAGCGGAGAGAGAAGGAGAACGAUGAAGAGGCAGCUAGAAGGGGUUCCAUUGUGAAGUACGAGGGACCUAAUACGGGGAGACAAACUCCUCGCAGUGACUUAUCACCAACUGAAUCCGAGGCCACCAUUGGAAACUUAUCCAUUCCUAACGCUGGCUACAUCUUAGGAAAUAGGCUAUACGAACAGCGACAAAGUUUUCAAAAUGUGAUGGGAUCCAAUACUGACUUGACUCAAGAUCCCGAGAUCAGAGCUGUGAAAGUGAGAAGGCCUAGUGGUCCUCCAUUGGCUCUAGCAGGACCUAUUGCACAACCCCCACCCAUGUCAAGCGAAGUGGUAAAAACUCUCAACAAUUUUGCCAACACAUCAAUCUUGCUGCCUAUCCCAACAACCAGUUUUGUGCCGGUUGUCCAUGACGGUAAGUCUGAGCCCAGUAUACCUUACCGACAGCCACCACCAUCUUCGUCCAAAACAAAUCCCACUGAAUACCAAAUGGAGUCGACUCGUGGUGGUGCUAGUCAAGGGGGUCAGACAACCACCACAGCCUACCUGGGACCUGCAAGCGAGAGAUCUACCAAAAUCCGGCCAAUAUCUGCUGGAUCAGGGAGAUCAGAGGGACUGUGUCUCGAGGCACCUGAAGACAACAUGGAGACAGAGUCGACUAUACACGAGUACGAGAUGACAAUACCUGACACAGAUCCAGGUAACGAGGAGGGUCACCAGGUGUUAGAGGAUAAAGAGCCGGCAGAGGUGGAGGGAGAGAGUGGGAACAGGGAGAUAGUAGACGAGGAGUGUGAUGAGAACGACACAUUGACUCGUCAGGAUAAUACCGAGCACGAUGAUCAACUUGACGAGUUUAUGCGUCCUCAGGCUGAUGGCAGCGAGGAGCUAGAGUAUGAAGACUAUCAGAUGGAGGAUGGACGGGACAGUGUUGAGAUAGAGGGAGAACAAGAGUACACUUUGGAGGACAAUUCCCCGGAACAGUUUGAGGAAAUGACGUCAUCACACAAUCGUCCGGCUAUAGAAGACGAGAAGGAUGGAGACCUGGAGGAGUUUCACCGAGAACAGGAGGAGGAGGAUGAGGAGGAGUUUCAGCGUGGGUCUACCCCCAACAUGGAAACAACCGAUUAUCUUAGAGAUGAUCUUAGCACGACUGAUUUAAUACGAGCAGAGUCAGGACACGAACUAGACGAAAUGUUAGAUCCAGAGUACAAUGCACUGACACUUUCAUCUCCCCAUUUCAACGAUGAUGAUGAGUGUGGUGAGAUCACACUGAAAGAAGUUAUAAGGGAUGCGUUUGAUACACCAUACCUGCGUGAUUACUGUCACACUCCGACUGGGGAGACGGACUCAGAAGACGACACGGAAUACGAGUUUUGUAACGAGAGUGAAGACGAGAUCUCGGUAGCUCAGCACGACAGUGACCCGGAGGACGACGAGGGAUUUGUUAUCCUAAAACCAUCCAGUAGCAGUAAGCGCUCUUCCGCAAGAAAUAGUGCUAAACGCAGCGAGUCAGCGCUAACAGCCGAAGAAAAAGAGCUUUCAAACAUAGAAAAGGUACACGAUCUGAGACUGAGACUAGAGCAGGAGUUACAAAGGACUAAGAUGGAGGAAGAGAUGGGCCAUGUUUCAAGGGCUAGGGUCUCCCAAGAGGUAGAAACGUUAGCCAGACAAAGUACUAGAUACCGAGAUGAGCUGAAGUCGAGUCUCCAUAACACUGAGAACAUGUACAGGAACGUAGAUCAGUACAUUGGACAGGCCAUGGAAGUUAACAACGACCUAGAAGAUUUCCUGAGCCAAGCAUCCCGAGGCAAGAAAGCAAGCCGAGGACACCGAGUUACAGGGGACAACUUCAAAUCUUUCCGACAAGCUAAAACCUACAACACGUCCAUGGUCCAGGAGACUUCAUCCAACAAGGAUAAAAUGUACUUUAAGCGCAGUGUGGACAAGUCCAUCAGAAGCAACAGGAAGGACACACUUUCCGCCGAAAGGGCGAGUCAAACCUCACUUGAUGGUAAGGAGUACCUCUUCACAGCCAACAGACGUCUGCAAACCUACGAGGAGUGGAUGAUGCUUAAGUGGCAGGAGAUGAAGGAGAAAUCACUUCAAACUGUGAGAUGGACUCCAGUGAGAGUGGAACCUCCACAGAAUAUAGACCUCACCGCACCUCCCCCUGCUAAAGAUGUCAAGAUUCUUUACAGAGAAUACGAUCAAUCCAGCGGACGUAUAAACAAGGUGGUGGCCACUAACCCUGAUGGAGCCAAGAUUGAGUUCAGAGCUGACCCGCCUUCUGAUGGGGAGAAUAAACAAGUCAGAAAGAAAAGUCCUUACAAGUCCAAAGCCCGCAUAGUCGAUCCUGAAACUGCUGCAGCGUACAAGCUCCCGAGCUACAACUUUGGCGGAUAUGAUGGCCAACCUUCAAACUACAACAGAAAACCUCUCAAAUUCCACCAUCCUCCUAGCAAGACCAAGAAAUCUCGGGUGAUCGCCUGAAAAAGGUCAUAUUCUAAAAACAAUAAAGUUGACGUGACUCUCACGCCUCAUAUGAUUACCCUGCUGGUAGGAGAUAUUCACCCUAGAACUAAUCCCAUGUGCGAAUAUGCAUGCUUCAAGAUCACGUGAUACUUAUAAAUAUCAUGAUCAACCCUCAAAACUGCCACACGUUUUAGUAAUUCCUGUUGUUUGUGUGUGUUGUAAUAUUUAUUGUGGCAUUAUCGACGAAAAUUAACUGUUUUGAUUUCCAGAAAAAAGUUUAUUAGUAUUUUUGUUUUGAUCGUAGGGUUUUUAGGAAUUUUGUAUUGUGAAUAGUGGAAGAUGAAGAAAAUGAUAUUUUUAGUAAUAGUGUGAAUGUGCAAAAGUACUUAUCAUUGUUAUGUAUAUUUAAAAACGUUCAAGCAAAUAACAAUUAACAUUUCA